GGCAUCCAACGUUAUAGAAGAAGCAUCACAGAGAGAACUGUCUGUAAACUGUGACAAUACAGUGGACAAAAAGGCUACAGGCAGCAUCUGCGAUUCGGACGAAGAGGAAACAUCUUGUGGCGCUGGGUCAUGUUCCCCUUCCUGUAUGCAAAGAUGUGGGACAGUUGGAUCUUUCACGAUAUCAAUUGGAUUUGCUUCCCUUUUUCUACAAACAAUAACGGUUUAUCUGUCAUCUCAGAUAACUACACUGGAGAAGGUGUUCAACAUUGACAGUACAACGAGUGGAACCCUACUGAGUUGCAAUGAUAUCGGCUACCUUGCCACAGUCUUGGUCACCAGCCACUUCAUCCGAAAGAGACACAUCCCGAGAGUGCUAGGUGUCAGUACGAUGAUUUAUGCCCUGUCGGGAGUUCUCAGUGGACUGCUUUAUUUCAUGGAUCCCUCGGCUUUGCCAAGAGGCAGCAGCAUGACAGAUGAUGUCACCAACGCUUCUUACGCUGGCGAUGGGGGGAAGUAUCUGUGUAGUCAGUCUGGGCGGGAGAGUAGACAGAAUGAAACGUGUGAGGCUGGAUCUGAUAGACCCCUCGAGAAGAAUCGAAAAAGAACAGGGCUGCUUUUAGGGGCACUUAUAUGUCUUACAAUGUUUGGACCAGCGUUGGCGUUUUCUUUUGGAGGCGUCUUUUCUCAAAUCCCAGUUGAUUUGUCUCCGACGUCUCUGACCCCACAGGACCCAAGAUGGAUUGGUGCAUGGUGGCUUGGAUUCCUAGUUUUCGGUGGUGUGUCGGUUGUCACUGCAGUGCCACUGUUCUUCUUCCCGAAGAAAAUAAAAGGCCGACAGUUUGUCCCAUCAGAUGAUGACAAGGAGCAAACAUUUUGUGGCAAAGUAAAAGAUUUGCCUUUGUCGCUGUUCAGGGUGGUGAGUAACCCGGUCUACACUGUGAACAACCUCGCCAUGGUUACUGGAACGAUCGCUGCGGUGGGGCUAAUUUCAUUUGGGGCCAAGUACCUGGAAACAAUCUUCAACAUCCCUGCAUGGAAGUCCAACCUGUUUUUAGGUGUCAUCGUGGUGAUAACAACAAUUCUGGGCACGUUUCUAGGAGGUGUCAUUGCAACGCGUUUCAAGUUAGAAAGAAGUGGUUGUCUCAAAGUAAUGAUCGGGACGUACGUUCUGGCUACUCUUGCUCAGUGCCUCAACUUCCAAUUUUGGUGUGACAACCAAACUAUACGCGGGCUACAGAGAAACCAAGAGAGGGUUGUGCUUGAUGAGGGUCCGAGUACAUGUGACUGUCUCAACGUCCCCUUUCUUCCGGUCUGCAAAGGUAACGUCACGUUCUUCUCGCCAUGUCACGCGGGAUGUCACAACCAGACUGACACUACUUACGGAGGCUGUUUGUCUGCUGGAGGCGGUUCUGUAAGCCCAAGCUUCUGUGACACUGGGUGUCCCUACCUCUACCCCUACGUUGCGGCCACGGCUCUUUUCGCUUUGAGUGGAAGUAUUGCUAUCGUCCCCGGCUAUCUUGUUCUCAUACGAAGUGUAGCGGAGAAAGACAAGGCAAUGGCAGUGGGACUUUACAGUUGUUCUGUGUCUGUUCUGGUAUACCUUCCAGUUCCUAUUGUGUAUGGGAAGAUUAUCGACACCACCUGUAUUGUCUGGAACUACGCAUGUGGCGCACGGGGAUCAUGUGCACUGUACGACCUUGUGGAUCUACGAUUGAAGAUUACAGGAAUGAAUGUAUGUGGCAACGCAGUGACUGCUGUGUUGAGUGUCAUGGCACUGUUCCUUCUGAAGUGGAGGAAUAAUAAACCAGAAAAGUCAAAGAAACUCGCGCCAGAGACAUUCAGCUGUAUAUCGCGCAUCUCAGCCAUGUCGACAGAAGUUGUCGGGACAUCAUUGUCGUUGUUAUCUGUUGUUAAUGCCGAUAACAAAGAAGACCCGAUUGGACUUAACGUAAAUUUGCCUAUUACGCAGGAGACGCCAAAUUGGCGCCGCAGAAUAACGGGACUUGGCUCAUUCACCUUCUUUGCAGGCGCUGCUUCCCUUUGCUUACAGACCGUUACUGUAUACAUAGCAUCCCAGGUUCCAACCAUUGAGAAGGUGUUGAACAUCGACAGCACCACCAGCGGAGUCAUUAUGAGCUGUAACGACAUCGGCUUCUUGACAACCAUACUGUUUAGCAGUCACGUCCUCCGUACCAGUCAUAUUCCACGUGUCCUUGGUGUAUGCACUAUUGUGUACGGUUGUGCAAGCUUCCUAUGCAGUAUUCCCCAUUUCCUUAAUCCUGCAGUUUUGCCUAGGACGUCAGAGCUGAGGAACAUCAGUUCGGAACAGUUCCACCUGUGUACAAGUCAAGGUCGAAACCUCCGUGGAAGGAUACCAUGUGAUGAUGACGGCCGUGGGUGGAGGGCAAGCAAGUCCUGGUCAAUAGCGUUGUUCGCUGUGUGCUUGUUGGUCCAGGGUGCGGUGAAAGCUCCCAGAACGCCUCUAGUCACCGAGUACAUUGACAACAACGUUAUCCAGAAACGACACACGAGCGUAUUGUUAGGUUCAGUCCUGACUCUGGGAGUCUUCGGUCUGGCUGUUGCAUUUGUAAUGGGUGGGAUCUUCUCUGCUAUACCAGUCGACUUGAGCGACACAACGCUAACGAGACGCGACCCACGAUGGAUCGGUGCUUGGUGGCUUGGCUUCUUGGUGCUGGGGGUGAUUUCCGUUGCCCUUGCGGUCCCGUUGUUCAUCUACCCUAAACAACAGAAUAGUCGACCCCUGGCCCCGACAGAGGAGCAGACGUUUUGGAUGAAGGUUAAGGACGUCCCUAAGUCUGUGUUUCGAGUGCUGAGAAAUCCAGUCUACCUGUUUACCUUGCUGGCAAUGGUCGGACUGAACAUACGGGCACUCGGCCUCAUCGUCUUUGGGUCCAAGUACAUGGAACACGUCUUCAGUGUUCCAAUCUGGCAAUCAAGCAUGUUUAUAGGUAUAGGAGUGAUGCUGCUAAGUGGAAAUUGGAGUUGGGUGCUAGGUGCUUUCUCGGUGGGGCUGUGGUAUCUCGUUUUAAGAUGGAUCACAGAGGGUGCCUCUUAUUUGCAACUGGAGCCAUGCUGCUGUCCACAAUUACUGACAGCGUAAAUAUGACAAUGGGAUGCCCCAACAAACGCAUAGUUGGGCUAAACAUGAAAUUAAAUGGCACUCUGAACUCAACUGCUUGCCAGAGUGAGGGUGCAGACUUCCUUCCGGUUUGCCGCAACGAUGUCACAUUUUUCUCCCCAUGCCACGCCGGGUGCCACAGUUCCACUGAUAGCUCAUAUGGAGGCUGUUCUGGCGAGGAAGGCGGGGCAGUAGAGUUGGGAAUGUGCGACUCUGGCUGCACCAAGCUCUACCCCUUUAUGGCGCUCACACUGCUCUAUGCAGUGGUCGGUUCAUUCUCCCUUGUGCCCAGCUAUCUUGUUUUAAUCAGAAGCGUCCCUGAAAGCGAUAGGGCAAUGGCAACAAGUAUCUAUGGACUUUCGUUAUCGCUCCUUGCCUUCAUUCCGGCCCCGAUACUCUAUGGGAAGAUUAUCGACACUACCUGUAUUAUCUGGAGGAACUCGUACGGGAAACCCGGGGCUUGUACAUUGUACGAUAUUGUUGACUGGAGGCUGAAGAUGACGGGAAUGAACGUUGGACUAUUGGUGACGUCCACCCUAUUGGGUGUUCUGGCGUAUUGCGUUCUAAGACACAAAGAAAGACCUGUGUGACUGGUAUGGAUUUGUUGAACCACAACUGUCAGGCUCAGCAGGGGCAAUAACAUUAUUUAAACAGUUAAAAUAAUUGUCCGUACAGCUGAUGACGCUGUUUCAGGAACGCAACCCUGACAUGCGCAGUAGUCAUACUGCCCUGGCAAUAGCUGGUCGUUUCCUUUCACCCUUACAUAGAGAUAAGCCUUGAGACAAAUUACAACCCAAGUUAGGGUUUAAUCAUUCCAAAUCCUUUUUUUUUAUGCUUGCUGAUAUUUUAUUGUGCAUGCCAUUAAGGACGUUCCAUGCAGCUCUGAUGCUACUGAAACAAAUUAUAUGCUCAUGAUAUAGUCACAAUUGUACAAUCGACUCUGCUUUUAGCAGAGAUUAUUUAUGAAGGUGGAAAGGGUUUUGUCGCUUCUAUUUCUAUCUCUCUGUUGAUAUGUUACUGAUUGGGAUUGAUGUCCCAAUGUUUCAAUAUCGUAUAAAGCAUUAAGGCACUGCAAGUGAGUGAGUGAGUUUAGUUUUACGCCGCUUUUAGCAAUAUUCCAGCAAUAUCACGGCGGGGGACACCAGAAAUGGACUUAACAUAUAGUGCCCAUAUGGGGAUCGAACCCGGGUUUUCGGCGUGACGAGCGAACGCCUUAACCACUAGGCUACCCCUGGCCCCUAAGGCACUGCAAGGCGCUACACAGGACAUGGACAUCAGGACGGGCAGUGUCGUCAUGUGUUAAUUGCUUUUGUCUGUAACUGUGGAUCUAGAUAUAUCUUUCCCCGACUGCUAAGUGUAUUGCAUGUAAUAUGAUAUUGUACUAAUAAACAGACUACUAUGAUAUUUGCAAAUACUUUGGGGUUAAACCCCUCACUCACCCAACAAUCCACACAGGGCUGAAUGGAGCACAGGUCGCACGAGCAAGACAUAUAUCAUAUCAACAUAUAUUGCCACGAUUGGGACUUAUUAGUUGAACUUUAAAGACUUGGGUUGGCAUUGGUAAAGGCGUUUG